AUGAGGCGGAAGGAGAAGCGGCUUCUGCAGGCGGUGGCGCUGGUGCUGGCGGCCCUGGUCCUUCUGCCCAACGUGGGGCUCUGGGCGCUGUACCGCGAACGGCAGCCCGACAGCACCUCCGGGGGACCUGGGGCUGCGGUGGCCCCGGCGGCCGGACAGUUUUUGUCUUUUUCUUUUUUGAAGGGAUCACACAAUCAGCAAAAGAAGGUAUUUUUCUUGGGAGAUGGACAAAAGCUGAAGGACUGGCAUGACAAAGAAGCCAUCAGAAGGGAUGCUCAGCGUGUAGGAAAUGGAGAACAAGGAAGACCGUAUCCUAUGACGGACGCUGAGAGAGUGGAUCAGGCAUACCGAGAAAAUGGAUUUAACAUCUACGUCAGCGAUAAGAUCUCCCUGAAUCGCUCUCUCCCUGAUAUUCGGCACCCAAACUGCAACAGCAAGCGCUACCUGGAGACGCUUCCCAACACCAGCAUCAUCAUCCCCUUCCACAAUGAGGGCUGGUCCUCCCUCCUGCGCACCGUCCACAGUGUGCUGAACCGCUCGCCCCCGGAGCUGAUCGCCGAGAUUGUGCUGGUUGACGACUUCAGUGAUCGAGAGCACCUAAAGAAGCCACUUGAAGACUACAUGGCCCAUUUCCCCAGCGUGAGGAUUCUCCGAACCAAGAAACGGGAAGGGCUGAUAAGGACCCGGAUGCUGGGGGCCUCAGCGGCAAUAGGGGAUGUCAUCACAUUCUUGGACUCACACUGUGAAGCCAAUGUCAAUUGGCUCCCCCCCUUGCUCGACCGCAUCGCUCGGAACCGCAAGACCAUCGUGUGCCCGAUGAUUGAUGUGAUUGACCACGAUGACUUCCGGUAUGAGACCCAGGCGGGGGAUGCCAUGCGGGGCGCCUUUGACUGGGAGAUGUACUACAAGCGAAUCCCAAUCCCUCCAGAACUGCAGAAGGCUGACCCCAGUGACCCAUUUGAGUCUCCCGUGAUGGCCGGUGGACUGUUCGCCGUGGACCGGAAGUGGUUCUGGGAGCUGGGCGGGUACGACCCAGGCCUUGAGAUUUGGGGAGGGGAGCAGUAUGAGAUCUCAUUCAAGGUGUGGAUGUGCGGGGGCCGCAUGGAGGACAUCCCCUGCUCCAGGGUGGGCCACAUCUACAGGAAGUAUGUGCCCUACAAAGUCCCCGCCGGUGUCAGCCUGGCCCGGAACCUGAAGCGCGUGGCCGAAGUGUGGAUGGACGAGUACGCCGAGCACAUCUACCAGCGCCGGCCCGAGUACCGCCACCUCUCCGCCGGGGACGUCGCUGCCCAGAAGAAGCUCCGCAGCUCCCUUAACUGCAAGAGUUUCAAGUGGUUUAUGACCCAGAUCGCCUGGGACCUGCCCAAAUUCUACCCGCCCGUGGAGCCCCCGGCCGCAGCAUGGGGGGAGAUUCGCAGUGUGGGCACAGGGCUGUGUGUGGACACGAAGCAUGGGGCCGUGGGCUCCCCGCUGAGGCUGGAGAGCUGCGUCCGGGGCCGCGGAGAGGCCGCCUGGAACAACAUGCAGGUGUUCACCUUCACCUGGCGGGAGGACAUCCGGCCUGGAGACCCCCAGCACACCAAGAAGUUCUGCUUUGAUGCCGUCUCCCACACCAGUCCAGUCACCCUCUAUGACUGCCACAGCAUGAAGGGCAACCAGCUGUGGAGAUACCGAAAGGACAAGAGCCUGUACCACCCCGUCAGCGGCAGUUGCAUGGAUUGCAGCGAAAGCGACCACAGGAUCUUCAUGAACAUCUGCAACCCCUCCUCUCCCACCCAGCAGUGGCUGUUUGAACACACCAACGCAACAGUCCUGGAGAAAUUCAAUAGCAACUGAGCCCACAUGUCUCCGCCGCAGGCCUAGCGGGUCCUCCCUGCCGCUCACUGCGGCCUUCCUCUUCCCGGAGAGGCAGGGCCUCCGUGGGCACCGCGAUGCAAAGGUGCUGGCCAACCGGCUCGGGGCGGAGCUGGAGCCCGGCGACUGCCUGGUCCUGAGGCCCUGAGCGGUGGAGGGGGUGUGGACAGCAGAGCCCACAGCGGCCCCAUGCAGAGCCUGCUUUCACCCAAUGGCACCGUGGAAGUCCAGGCGGGCCUCCGCAGCCUGGGCACCACGUUCCCUUGAGCAUCGUGCGGGAGAAACGCCAGGGCAGCCCCAGGCCACUCACAAAUGAGGCUCGUAUAUGACAGUCCUUUAGAAAAGGCAAUUUUGCCUGUUCAAGGCAGCUGUUAGCACAUGACCACCCAUUUGCAGCAGGAGAGAAGGGGCUGCUGGUGUCUGCCUUGUAGUGCUUGCCGGUCGUGGGGGUUAAGUGCAGUUUGCUUCCGUUCUCUGUCACAGGCCCAGGGAACGCAGCCGGGCCCUCAGCGUGUUCAGUCCUGAACACCGGCAACUGCCAGGCCUGGGGUCAGAUGCUGGACCCUCAGACAUUCCUUUGCAGUGUGGACAUACGGGGUGCCUCUCCUUGCUCUCUGGGUACUGGAAAUGCCCAUUUAGCGCCCUCCAGGCACAAGGACAGCCCAGCCAUCAGUUUUUUAGGGCUGUUUCCGAGUGCCUUGGGCCCAUGGGAGAGGCCUAGUAAGAUCUCCAAACCAGAAAUUCUAGCCGAAUUUCCCUGGUCAGUACUUCCACUUCCCCCUCCCCCACCCCCUUCUCUCUCUCUGCCAAUUCCUUGCCUCGGGAGAGGAGCAGAGGUGUGGAGUGCUCACCUCCCAAGUCUGGAGGCCUCCAGGGUAGACCACGGCCAGGAUGCCUGGUCUCUGACCUCAUUAUGGUUCUAGUUCUCACGCUGAACUCUAGAAUGUUUAAAGAACUCUGUAAUUUGAUCACAGGCUAGAAUGUUACACAGGAUCCUGGGAUUCUGGCGUCCAAUAUGGCUUUCUAGAAUGUUGUGAUUAAAGGAGGCAGCCAGGUGUAAUACAGUCAUGGCCUGGAGACAGUCUGUGAAGCCCCACUCGUGGGGGAGGAGGGGGGCUGUGUCCAUCAGCUCCUGCCAGAGGCCUUGUGACAUGGUCCUCAGCCAGACCUAAGGCCCUGCGGCCUCCCACCACGUGUCCCAGGAACAGACGCCCCCCAGCUCCAUGCAGUCCCUCCUGUUUCCCUUCUGCUUUGUUAAUUAUAUGUCACACUCCCAGAGGGCCCCCUGACUAAUAGGAAGCAUUUCUGUAACCAGCCUGCCACGCACUGAUUCAGAAAUGGAAAUGGCAUUCCGCAACCUAUGGCUUCCAUCAGCUAGCCCAGGAAGUCCUGGAAAUCGGUAUUCCAAUUAGAGUCGGGCCUCUCGAUUGUAUCAUUUGCCAAUUAAGUAACUGAGACGUAAAUCUGGGAACAGAGCCACAAAUCUGCCUUUGCGAUGCCGGCUGAUCUCAAGGCCAUCAGUGAUCUAGGGGAGGGGGGAGAAAGCAUUCCGGGUCACGCCCACCCCCAUUAAGCGUGCAGCUGGCAAAGCGUCACUCCUGUCUGCCCCGCACAAGCCCCGCUCUGGCCACCUCUCCGCCGGAGAGGCCGCCCUGUGCUGGCAGAGCUUGCUUGUUGAGCCCUGGUGUCUUCUCCAAAUGAGCUUUGUCUGUGGAAGUGGCCCUCAGUGGGAAGGAGUCAAAGAGGAGGCCCCUUCCAGAAUCUAGGAUAACAAGGGCAUUGCAGUUUGGAGAGUCGAUUUAGGAUUCCUCAUCAGAGAGCAAUGCAGCAUCAUUAAAAUAAAAACUGUGCCUUUUAAAAAUGCAAAUGUACAGCAAAUCCCUAAACUUGAACCAUUUCCUAGUGCCUUGCUAGACAAACAUAAAGGGGUAGGGAUUGGGGGGGGAUGUUUUUGGUGGUAUGUGCAGUUCCUAUCGGAUGAGUGUGUGUUCCUUAAUGUUGAAUUUCAAGCAGGAGACGUUAGGCCUAGAGCAGGGUCUGAGAUGGAGAUGCCCCCGGAGGGCGAAGGCCAGAAGUUGCUCCAGUUAGUGUAACACUCCAGAUUAAAAGAGCAGCCGGACAGCUCGUGUAGUCUGUGGCCUAGAGGGGCCUCCGCAGCCCCUGGGAGAGGCCCUGUUUGGAGGCCGUGUCUGCACCCCCCCCCCCCAAGCCCCCAGACAGAGUGCAGAGCACUGGCUGGAUUUCCAAAUGGUCCCACUCCAAGUGGAUGAGUGUUCUCGGCACGACCAGGACUCAUGUGGAAAGCAGGAGCAGCCCUACGCAGUCCUCAGCCUUCCUCUCGCCCAGCCUUUGGGUCUCCUUUUGGGUCUGGUUUCGUUCCCUCAACAAGUGAUGGGCAGGUCCUGUGAGCAUUCUGGCCUCUGUCAUUGCUGAGCCCACAUCUGUAGGUGCUGGUGGUUGACAACGUGUGUAAUAGAGAGGGCAGGAGACAAGUUCGUUGCCUGGCUGACCAGCUGGCUGAUGGCAAAUACUGGCCACUCGUUGUUUUGGCCUCAUUUAUUUUAGACUGGCUGUCUUAAGGAUUUCAGAUUCCUGCUCACACCCCCAGCUGAUGCCCAAAUAGAACAGCCAGGAGCCUGUGGAGAGGCUGUCAGCCAGGUAAGGAAUGAGAAUGUGGGCCCCUUUUUUUCUAAAGGCUUUAUUUCGAGCACGAGAUCACAAAACAAAUGAGUGGCUAAAAGGUAUCAUGACCAUGUGGCCCACCAGCAGCCUUUCCGAAGGGGACUCUAGAAACAUUUCAAAAUACAAGCGCAUCUCACUGUAAGUACAGGCCUUUGAAGGCGGCCAAGUGUGCCAGCACACGUGUGAAAAGCCAUUGCCUCCCAUGGGAGCUUGUUUCAGCUUUAAAAACUGCCCAGAAACUGUUGAUGCUCCUUUUUAGGAAGAAAUAGCUCAGAGGCAGAAGGGGUGCCUGGGCGGGGAGUCACCUUAGGUCAGGGGAGGAAGCAGCUGCUUCAGGUGGAGCCUGUGGAUUCCCAGAGCCCACAUUAGAGCCGUUUUUCUAACCUACCUGUGGAAUUUCUUUUUGUGCAUCUCCAUUUUUCUAGUCUCGGGAGCAUCAAACAAGCUGCACAGCACUUUACAGCUGUCAGUGGGAAAUCCGGACUCCUUGCUUCCACAACCCCUGGUUUGUAGAUUGGUGAUCUCGUAUAAUUCCUAAUAGACAAUGCAUUUUCAGCGUUUUCUGGAAAUUUCUAAGUGUGGGAGAGGGGCAAGGAGUGUGGUUCUGUUCUGGGACUCUUCUCUGCUUUCAGCUGAUGCUCUUUGUGAAAAAUCCAAGUAACAUUUUAGUUCAACUUGAUCGUGAGCCGAGGCCCACUGCCACCUCUGGGCUGGGUCUUGGGCCUACAUUCCAAGUGACAAGGUCCCGGGCCCGACAAUAGGGUCAAGCUCCUGUUCUGUUUGGGCUGGAAAACUGGGGUCCCAAGGGGGUUAGGGACUAGUUGAGCAAAGUCAGACUGGGAUUCCCUAGAGAAAGCUCGAGACCACCAGCCUCUCUUCUCCUGCCUGGAAAAGUGCGCCUUUGUGAAGAACUGACUUCAUGUACAGUUGUGAUUGUGACUGAGUAAAACUCCAGACUUUCUCUAA